GAUGGCUAGAUUACAAUCUUUUAAAUCAGCUAAGGCUUGUAUGCCAACUAUUCGUAGUUAUGGUAGUAUUUACGAACCUGAGUACUUAGACCUGUUAAAGCCAGACAUUCCUGAAUACGAGGAAGUAAAUAUUCAAAUUAAAGGUUACGAUUUUGCUAUACUAGAAUCGUUUCAAAAAUUUGUUCACAGUAUUGCAGAAAAUAUGAACCUUGAAGUAUCUGAUGGGUGGGCUUUACCUCCUCAAACAAUAAAUGUCAAACGAUUGGUGCCCAAUAGCGAAAAUGUAGAAGCCCAAUACACGUUAAGUGUUUACGAACGUAAUAUACAAGUUGUUGAUGUCCCCACUACUAAGCUUUCCUUACUUAUUGAAGUAAUAGAAGACUCACUACCUGCCGGUGUUAAGGCAUCAAUUCACAAACAUACUGACGAACAUGAAGUAAUYAGGUAUAUACCAGACAACGAACUGAAAUUAUUAAAAGAUCAAUUGGAAGAAAUGGGUGGCUCAAAAAAAAAAAAGUGAGUUUGUAAAAUACUUAUUUUAUUGUUAAUUUUGUAACAUUAUAUUGUACUAGGUAC